GAAGAGAAUGUCGAGCGCAGACACAUUUCCAAUGGGUUUUCAUUCUGUUCAUAUCACUUCAGUUUGCAAAAGCAUUCCAACAAGUUGCUGCCGCUCUAUCUCACAGUGUCUGUUUAUCUCGACGUUUGUUUUUCAACAGAGUUAACCGCUUUUUGCUUUCGCCGUGAAUAAAAACAAAAACACCAACGAGAUAACCCAAGUUAUUAUAAAGAGUCUCAGCUCAGUUUACCAAUUGAAUUUUUUAAAUAUAACAUUUUGGAAAUGUCAGCCGCCAAGAAAGUUUUGGUCUAUGGAGGCCGUGGAGCAUUGGGUUCAGCCUGUGUUUCGAAAUUCAAAGAAUUAAACUGGUGGGUCGGUAGUAUUGAUUUGAAUGCAAACGAUCAAGCUGAUGCCAAUAUUAUUGUUGACAAGGACGCCGGAUGGAUUGACCAAGAAACUUUGAUUCUGGAUCAAUUGCAAGGAUUAUUGAAUUCCAAUCAACUUGAUGCUGUUAUUUGCGUUGCGGGUGGAUGGGCAGGUGGAAAUGCAGAAAAGGAUUUGGCCAAAAAUUGCGAACUCAUGUGGAAACAAAGUGUUUGGUCUUCAAGUAUAUCAGCUUCAAUAGGCUCUCGCUUUUUGAAGUCAGGUGGUUUACUAACAUUAACUGGAGCGGAUACGGCUUUGAAAGGCACACCUGGUAUGAUUGGCUAUGGGUUGGCCAAGGCUGCAGUGCAUCAACUAACCAAAUCACUGGCAGCUCCUGCUUCUGGUUUGCCAGAAAACUCGUUGGUUGUUUCCAUUUUACCAAUAACGCUUGACACUCCUAUGAACCGCAAAUGGAUGCCGAAAGCAGAUUUCUCGACAUGGACUCCGUUGGACUUUAUUGCAGAAACAUUUGCAAAGUGGACCGAUGGAGAUGAGCGACCAAAAAAUGGCUCUCUAGUUCGUCUUGUUACCAAAGACAAUAAGACAGCCCUGCUGGCUGACAUUUAGUCGUUGUUUUCUUCGCAUGAAGCUUUUAUAUAUUAACUAUAUUCGGUCGGAAAAUUUCUUGAAUUUAAUUGUUGCUGAAUAAAACAUAUGAAAAGUCACUAAGUUUCAUGCUCAAAACCAAUUUGAUAUCAUCUUUACAGGAUUUGAAUUGUAUACAAUACAAUAUUUUGUUAUUUUCACAAUUUUUGUAACAAUGUAUCUUUUUUUUAUCAAAUAAAGGCACAUUUAUCGCUUCA